CAGCAUCAUCAUCGAACCAAUUAGCAGCUGGCCACCCCUAAAAAAAACAAAAAAAAAUAGCAGCUGGCCUCCGCCGGACUUCCCCGUCCCUGCCGCCGCCGCCGCCGCCACGCCGCCGCCCGCGCCAUGCUCCGCCUCCGAAGCUCCAUCCUCACCCAUCUCGCCAUCCCCUCGUCCUCCGCCUAUCCCUGCUCCUCUCUCCGCCGCCUCCUCUCCGCCACCGCGCCCCCCAUUUCCCCAAACCCUAGCAGCUUCGCCGUCGAGGACUACCUCGUCGGCACCUGCGGCCUCACCCGGCCCCAAGCCCUCAAGGCCUCCGCCAAGCUCUCCCACCUCAGGUCCCCCGCCAAGCCCGACGCCGUCCUCGCCUUCCUCGCCGGCCUCGGCCUCUCCGGCGCCGAUGCCGCCGCCGCCGUCGCCAAAGACCCGCGGUUACUGUGCGCCAAAGCGGACAAAACCUUGGCCCCCGUCGUCGACGGGCUCACCGGCCUCGGCCUCUCGCGUCCUGAGAUCGCGCGCCUCCUCUCGCUCGCCGGCAGCGAAUUCCGCUGUAGAUCCAUAAUCUCCAAGCUGCAGUACUUGCUGCCUCUCUUCGGGUCCUCCGAGAACCUAUUCCGAGUGCUCAAGAGCGGCUCCCACCUUCUCUGCUCCGACCUCGAGAGGGUUGUCAAACCCAACAUCGCGUUCCUGCAGGAGUGCGGGCUAGGUGCUUGUGAUAUUGCCAAGCUGUGCAUCCCUGUGUCGAGGGUGCUCGUCACCAACCCCGAGCACGUCCGGAUGAUGGUGGCAUGUGCCGAAAGAUUGGGUGUGCCCCGUGGCUCUCGGAUGUUCAGGCACGCGCUUCAAGCUGUCGCCUUUCUCAGCAAAGAGAAGAUUGCUGCCAAAGUGGAGUUCAUGAAGAAUACAUUCAGGUGGUCAGAUGCCGAGGUCAGCAUUGCUCUGUCUAAGGCUCCGGUCGUGCUAAGGAGGUCAAAGGAACAUCUGCAGCGCACUUCCAAUUUUCUCAUCUCCGAGGUUGGCUUGGAACCGGCUUACAUUGCCCGUCUUCCGGCAUUGAUCACUUACAGCCUGGAAGGCAGGCUCCGACCGCGGCACUACGCUGUGAAGUUUCUCACAGAAAAUGGAUUGCUAGAUCACGGCCGGAGCUACUAUGUCAUUUUCACGAUGACUGAGAAGGUUUUCGUGGAAAAAUACAUAUGCCCUCACCAGGAAGCUGCGCCGCACAUUGCCAAAUACUAUGCUGCCGCUUGUCAAGAGGAACUGCCUGCCCACUAGAUUGAUAUUUGCAUCAACCAAGAACCUGCCGGCAACUGUGUAUGCUGCUGUUGCUGGAUCUGGACGACAAGGCGCACUAGUUUGAUUCAGCGGCAGGUUCCCGAAAGAGCAGGUUCUAAAUCUUGACAAGAACAACCAAUGGUCAAGAGCUCUGGAUGGCUCUAAUUACCUUCCUGGAAGUUCCCUUUUGUUGUGCGGUAUCUAUUUGCAAGUACAAGCUGCAGAUCACGCAGCUGUUUCAGGAUUCAGAGGACCAAAGUUUGAGCUGAAACGUUGAGAUGGUUGAUAAGCAAGUUUGACUCAGGACUGAGAUGAUGGGUGAAUCGAGACAAGAUCAAGUUGGUGGAUGAUGUCUCGGAGAAGAGAUGCAAUGCAAUCAAAUCCAGCGAGCCGGCCUGCAGCACCUAACAGUGGCAGACAGAGAUUUCAAUGGCCACAGAUGUGUGCAGGCUGAGUUAAUAUCAAGUUAUUUUAUGACUAAUCUCACAGCAAUCCUAGAGCUGCAAUACCUGAGAGUUCAGUAUUGAGUAUUCGUAUCUGAGAAAAGAAAAACAUGUGCUUGUCUGCUAGCUGCUACUUGCUGCUGCCAUGUGCCAGCAGUCAGAAUCCCAUUUUCCUAUGCUAUAUAUCCA